AUGAGCUGGCGCAGCUUGAAAGACCCUACUUACGCGAGGCAAGCUCAUUAUAUAUAUCAGCUAACCUUGCAACGGAAUAUGGGUCUUCCUAAUCUGAAAAUGGAUUCAGUUAAAUCGGACACGAGGUCGUCGGUCAAUGCAGAGGAGCAGCAGUACCUUGACUUGUGCAAGCGCAUCAUUGAGCAUGGUGAAUUCAGACCUGAUAGAACUGGUACCGGCACGUACUCGUUAUUUGCGCCGCCGCAACUUCGGUUCGAUCUGAGUGGCGAUAAGUUUCCGCUACUAACCACCAAGAAGGUAUUUACGCGGGGCAUCAUACUUGAACUAUUAUGGUUCAUAGCAGGCUGCACGGACGGUAAGAAGCUAUCGGAACAGGGGGUUAAAAUCUGGGAGGGAAACGGGUCGAGAGAAUAUUUAGACGGACUAGGGUUGCACGACCGCCGGGAAGGUGAUCUCGGGCCGGUUUACGGAUUCCAAUGGCGCCACUUCGGAGCGGAAUACGGGACAUGCGAUGACGAUUAUACGGGAAAGGGUGUGGACCAGCUGAGGGAGCUAAUAGAUAAGAUUAAGAACAAGCCAUAUGACCGUCGCAUUAUCUUGUCGGCUUGGAAUCCCGCAGAUUUCCCAAAGAUGGCGCUUCCUCCAUGUCAUGUGCUCUCCCAGUUCUAUGUAAGUUUUGGACCUGAAGGCAGCAGACCUAAGCUCUCUUGCCAGCUCUACCAACGGUCUUGCGACAUGGGUCUUGGUGUUCCAUUUAAUAUUGCAUCGUAUGCCCUCCUGACGAAAAUGAUUGCAAUGGUGUGUGACAUGGACGCUGGUGAAUUCAUCCAUACAAUGGGAGACGCACAUGUCUACAGUGACCAUAUAGCUGCGCUAAAAGAACAAAUCGAACGUGUCCCCAGGGAAUUCCCCAACUUACGUAUUAAAAGAAAGGUGACAGAUAUAGACGAUUUUACCCUCGAUGACUUCGAGAUUACGGACUAUAAUCCACACCCCAGAAUACAAAUGAAUAUGAGCGUUUAG